AACCCUCAUUGUUAUGUUUUCAAAAAACACACCAAUUUUUUGUUUUUAAUUCGCAAUCAUGCUCUCAAAUUAUAUUGUUGGAAAUCAAAAGUUUGUGCUUUUCAUAGACGAAGUCGGAUUAGAAAAAAGGUCUAAUAAUAUAAUUGAGCAGCUACUAAAGGAGCAGAACGUCGUCUACGAAAAACAAGAUAUUCACAAUGUUGAAUUAUCACGGAAAAUUAAUUCUAAAACUGCUAUAAUAAUUGAGCCGAUUUCUAAGUUAGAAUUAGAAUACGAAGAAUCUUCAUUAAUGCUGUUACUCCAGGAAUUAAAACUAAACAAAAAUAUCAGUCAGUUAUUUGCUUGGGUCACUACCAAAAAUAUAAGAAGCCAAAUUUUAAUUCCAUUUCUUGAGUAUUUAAGUGACAGUACUGUAUAUGUGACAUCUGAAUCAUAUCUCUCAAUAUUAACAAAGAGACAAUUUGCCAACGCUUUAUCAAAAGUAUAUCAACAUGAUUUAUUGAAGGGAAAGACAGCGAUUCAUGAGAAAAAAAUUUCACGAAUAAAUCCAGCAGAAGUGGAAGAAUUUGAGGAAAAUCAGAAAUUAAGUGAGACUUUUAAAAUAGGAGAUUUUACUGCUCAUGAAUUAGAAGCAAAAAAGAAUCUUAAACUUCCUUUUGAAUUGAUUAAUUUACCUGCUCAAAACAAAUCAAAAGAUGAUAAUAAAGGCGAUGGAAAGAUUGUAUACACUCCAGACGAUCUCGACGAUUUUGACGAAGAAGAAGAUCCAGAUGAUGAUUUGAUUAUGUAGUCAUAUUUUAAUGCAUCUUUUCAAUAAAAAAUCAACUAUAAUUAAACAAUUGAUUUAUCUACAUUACAAAAGCAACAAAUAACAUUAUGAAAGGAAAGGUAAAAAAUAUUCACAUGUAAAGGUGCUACGAUGAUCCAUCAACAUUUACAGCAUCAUUCGAAAGCUUACUUUUUGGAUCAGGCGAAAAAGUGCUCCAUUUAGUCUUUUUACAUUCUAAAAGUUUUUGAAAAGGUUUUCCGUUCCAAUCACCAUUACUAGCAGCUAAAUAGCCUAUUACAAUAUCCCGAAUAUUUCUCUUAUUGAAAAAUACGCAAGUAUUUUCAAUUGAGAAGAAGUUAACAACAUCCUUAUCUAUAAUAUUAUGACUAAGAUUGUUUUCUUUGGAUGAAGAAUUCAGAUUUGGCACAACUAAAAAUUUUGUGACAGCAAUAAGAGUUUUGUUAUAAAGAAUUUUAACCGUCCAUACGCCACUCUGAAGUUCAUUAAACAAAUUUGAUUUACUAAAAUAAAUGGCCGUGAUUGUGAUAUCUUCAAUAACAAGACUUGUAACGUCGCGGAUUUUUUCACUAGAAUCAAUCCAAACAAUAGUUAGAUUCACUUUUGUAAUCUUACUCUGAAAAUAUCCAGAGAAUUUCGUAAUUAGAAC